AUGUCUACAAAGCUAACUACGAGUUUUUUGGCGUUACCGCUUCUCUUUUUGGCUGCCAUCUCGUGUCUCCACGUCCUCGGCAUUCGAAAUGGCCUGGUACAGAUGAUCUCUGACAAUCUUCUUUCUUCCCGUCCGAUCCUCCCUGGCAGCGAUAUUCCCCUACGGACACAUUGGACAGGACUGGGGCUGUUGGACCUCGACUUCUCCAUCAUGGUCACUGUAUUUUCGUCUAUUCUUAAUCACCACAACCUGAGCCUAUUUAUACAAGGGAAUCACUUCUUUGGGUUAUGGAUGACAUCUUGGAUUCUGAUACUGCUAGAGUCGCACAACAACGGGCCACAGAGCAAGACAACAUCAAGGCCGUACAAGUAUUCCUAUGUCCUUUGGGGUUUGGUCAUGGAAUUUGCUGGAGUUGCCGUGGGCCUUCCGGCAUGGUGUGCCUUCAGCCUCCUUCGCAUGAGACGGGCCUCCUCGUCGGCCGAAUUCACAACAAUAACCCUAGCCGACCUCGAAUCCCUACCAUUUGCUUUCCUCUUGGGCGCUGGGCUCCCGACUUUGCUCAUGCUCGUGGGUACAUGGAGCCCAGAGCCCCCAUUGUGGUCUCGCCAGACAUGGAUCGUGGUUCGUUUGUUUCAUCCAGUUCUCCUGGCUAUUGCACAUGCUCUCCUGAGAAGCAUCGGCCCUGCACCCCCCGCCGACGGCAGGCAGCAGCUCGAAAGACGUAUGAAGAGGCUAGGACGGCUUUACUCGGUCGCCUUUUGGAUCACGGCUAGCUCUCAUAUCUUGACCGUGUCAGCCGUCUUGUUCGCCUACUCGUUCCCCCAUCUGCUGCCAGCUCAUAUCGUCAGCUCUCUGUCGCUUGCUUCUCUAUGGCCCGUGCCAUCUAUUUGGCGAGGUUUUGUUACCAAGACUGAUACCAUUGCACUCGGUACUUCUACUUUUAUGACGGCUAAUGAAGUUAUUUCGACGGUGUCACUCCUAGUGUGGGCUUGGAACAUGAAUAGGAUGGCAUUGCAAUCAUCAAGUCACACGGACCACCUUGGUCUAAGCACUGUUAAAGCUGGGGUAUUUGCUUUGGUCUUUGGUCCGGGUGCCGCGGCUGUAGCUUUGAUUGAGAAUAGGGACCAUGUACUACAUCAGAGAUUUACUGUGACAAAAGGGGCCAAGACAUGCUAA